AUGUGUGUGUCUAGUCCUCUGUAUGCACAUGCAGAGGCAUGCAUGCGAGGCUCCGCCUUUUUUCGCGCCCUGGAGAUCAUGCCUGACGCGUUUUUUGUCUCUUCUUUGCCUUGGCAGGUUGUGGCGCUCUCCCUCGCGUGCGUCACCGUACAGCUCUCCCUUCUCGUCAGCCCGUCCCACCACAUGUACUGGUCAGCUGUCGUGGUGGUUACGCAGUUGCUGCGAAUUGUCAGCGGCAGCCUCCUCGUUCUGCAGCAGUUUUUCGUCUGGCAGCAAGGCGCGAGCGGCCUCCUGCACGUCGCUGACCUCCUCCUUUUCAUGCGCAUCAAAACUGCGUUCGGCGUCAUUCACCAAGCUGUCCGUACAGGCCAACCAGCCCCGCGACCCCAGUCUCUCGAGCCAUCUGUUGACACCGUUCCGUUCCUCCUGGGCCGUGUCCCUUGUGUGUAA